AUGGUUGCCAAAUCUGUCGUCGCUCUGCUUGUGGCGGCCUUUCCGCUUGCUUUCUCUGCGCCACUCACUGGCAGUAACUCGGAGCUUCGGCUUAUCAAAGCUUCUGAAGAUGAUGCUGGCCAGUGGGUGACUGAACAGGAGAAAUUCGACAGAUUUACCUCAAAGAAUAUUGGGUUUAUUGACAUUACUGACAUUCAGGAUGCCGAAGUGUUAUCCAUCCUGUCAAGGCCACCAUCGGACACCUCUAUAACCACUCGUGCUGUCACUUAUCCGACAAGAGUCGAGCAUGUGGAUGAAGCACAGUCGCUCAUUGCACAAGUGUCCACCAGCGGCCCCCAAAGCUGGCUGACUACAUUCACCCAGUUUACUACUCGCCAUUACCGCUCAACUACUGGCACUCAGGCCUCGGCUUGGCUGUUUGACCAAGUAUCCAGCAUUGCUUCCGCCAGGCCAGAAAUCACAGUUCAAAGAUUUACUCACACAUGGAACCAGCCUUCUAUCAUUGCUCGACUACCUGGACAGAGUUCAAAUCUCAUCAUUGUGGGUGCUCACAUGGACUCCACAGCCGGCUCAACUACAGCUCGCAGUCCUGGUGCUGAUGAUAACGGCUCUGGAUCUGUUACCAUUCUUGAAGCUCUCCGUGUCAUUGCUCAGUCGGACUUCAUUCCCAAAAACACAAUUGAGUUUCAUUGGUAUAGUGGUGAAGAAGGAGGACUUCUUGGCUCUCAGGCAAUCUUCUCCAACUACAAAUCCAACCAGAAGACAGUUCUUGCUAUGCUAAACCAAGAUAUGACUGGUUUUUCGCCCAGCAACCAGCUGGCUGUCUAUACUGACAAUGUUGAUGCGGCUUUGACUCAAUAUGUCAGAGUCAUUGCUACCCAAUACACAGGUGCUGCGCCCCUCACCACACGAUGUGGUUAUGGCUGCUCUGACCACGCAAGUGCUCGAUCGAAUGGUUUCCCUUCUGCAUUUGUCAACGAGGACACAUUCGAAAAGUCCAACCCCAGCAUUCACACCGCUGCAGACUCUCUUGACAAGAUUCAAUGGCCAGCAAUUCUUCGACACGCCAAGUUCACUGUGGGAUUCCUCGUCGAGGCGUCUUAUCUUUGAACAGCUGUAUGACUCUCUGUCUAUUAUUAGCUGACGAUGCACAACACAUCUUGGAGAUGGUAAGAUAGCAUAUGAAGGCAUGAAAGAGAAAUAAAACUAUACAACUUGAGUGGCUAUCCAGCUCCCAAAUUGGCUAUGCAGCAUCUCGUGUCUCAAAUGUAAUGGUAGUAAUAUUAGCAGAUACUUGAAGAGUAAACCAUAGCAGUAGGAAGUGGUGAUAGUAGCAGAUACUCAAGUAAUCGAUAGCUACCUUGGGACGCCGUUU